AUGCAAUUCAAGGCCCUCAUUCUCUCUGCUUUCAUGGCCGGAGCUGCCAUGGCUGCUCCCACCAACACCAACACCAACGGCAUAUCCUCAAAGGCUGUGGGAAACCCAACUACCCCAGGAACUUCAAGCUCUGCCGGCGCUCCUAGUGUCGCUGGUUCCGGCCUUCCGGGCUUUCCAGGUCUUCCUCCACCUGGCUCCGCUCCAAACUGCGAAGAGCUAGCCAAAAAUAUCGCCUCUUGCGCCGCAAAGGGGGAGUGGGUUCAGAUCCUUAUCUGUGCUGGGACUAAUGCUCCAACGGCUUGCGGGUGCUACCAGGAGCUUCCAAAGGGUGAAAUCAUGCUCCCUGUCAUUGACCAGAUCUGCGAAAUCAUUGCUCCUGGUAACGACUCCAGCAAAGCAUAA